UUCAUCGAGUUUCAUGGGAAAUUUAACAAACGGGUGGAAAGACUUUUCUUCCUCUUCGUUUUGGUGAUCUUCUAUAUGUAAUUACAUGAGAAUAUGCAGCUUGUCUGCAACCACAAUAUUAAUUACUUGCAGCCAUGGAUAUCAAGACCAACUCGAGAUCCUUGCUUGUUCUCUUCAUCUGCCUGUUUUUGAAGACCAAUCUCUCUUUUGGAGCUGAUACCAUCUCUGCAAGCCAAUCCCUCUCUGGUGACCAAACCAUUGUCUCUGCGGGUGGAGUCUUUACUCUCGGAUUCUUUGAUCCAGGUGAUACUUUUAAAUUCUAUAUAGGCAUGUGGUACACGAAAACAAAGACCCAGACUAUAGUAUGGGUGGCAAAUAGAGAGCAGCCAGUUUUAGAUAGAUUUUCUUCUGAGCUGAAAAUCUCUGAUGGUAAUUUAGUUCUUUUCGAUGAGUCUAAACUUCCAAUUUGGUCCACAAAUGUGAGCUCCACCAGUUCCUCCCCAGUACAAGCAGUACUUGGAGAUAAUGGAAAUCUAGUGUUAAGUGAUGGUUCCAAUUCUUCAAAUCCUUUAUGGCAAAGUUUUGAUCAUCCUGCUCAUACCUUUCUUCCUGGUAGUAAAAUUUCGUACAACAAAAUAACCAAAACCCACCAAGUUCUCACUUCAUGGAAGAAUUCCAUAGACCCUUCCCCAGGCUUCUUUACUCUUCAGCUAGACGAAACCGACAACUCGUAUAUCAUACUUCGGGAUAAGUCUAAAAGAUAUUGGACUAGUGGACCUUGGAAUGGACACAUUUUUAGCUUAGUCCCUGAGAUGAGGCAAGAUUAUAUCUACGAUUUCCAAUUUGUAUCGAAUCCAAAUGAAAGUUAUUUUACAUAUUCGGUUAAACCCACUUCUACACUCACAUCUCGAUUGGUGAUGGAUGUUUCUGGGCAGAUUAAGCAACAAAAUUAUCUGCCUAAUAAUGGAUGGAAUUUGUUUUGGUCUCAACCGAGAACACAAUGUGACAUUUAUGCUUUCUGUGGGCCAUAUGGCAGCUGCGAUGAGAAGUCCUUGCCCUUUUGUAAAUGUUUGAGGGGAUUUAAGCCCACGUCUCAGAGUGAUUGGGAUUUGGAGGAGUAUUCUGGUGGUUGCACAAGAGUAUCCGAACUUAAAUGUGGUAACGACAGCCUUCCUGAUGGUGAGAAAGACAGAUUUUUAGAGAUGCCCAACAUGUUAUUACCUGACAAUAAACACUCUUUGCAUUUAGGGAACUCCGAUGAAUGCAAAUCAAGGUGUCUAAACAUUUGUUCUUGCACAGCUUGUGCCUUUCACAACAAUGACUGUUCAAUUUGGCUAGAUGAUGUCAUAAAUCUGAGGAAAGCACCGGCAGCAGGUGACGACAGUACCACUAUCUAUGUUAAGCUAGCAGCUUCUGAGUUUCAGGAUCAUAAAAACAAAAAGUUGAAGAUACUCUAUGUUGUCCUGGGAAUUAUAGCAGCUGCUAUUCUCAUCUUAAGUAUUGUUUGUUCUCUUUAUUAUCAGAGAAGAAAAAAAAAGAUCAAAAGUCAAGGUGACAAAAAGAAAACUUGGGGAAAACAGGUAGUUGGCUUGUAUGAUACUGAGAAACAAAUCGCCAACUAUAUAAAGUCAUGCCAGUUUAGAGAAGAUGAAAGAGAAGGUAUAGAUGUGCCCUUUGUUGAUUUGGAAACUAUAGUAAUGGCUACAGACAAUUUUUCAGACGCAAACAAACUUGGACAAGGAGGUUUUGGCCCUGUUUAUAAGGGAAAAUUUCCAGGAGGUCAAGAAAUUGCUAUAAAGAGGCUCUCAAGUGGCUCAGGACAAGGCUUAGAGGAAUUUAAGAAUGAAGUUAUGUUGAUUGCAAAACUCCAGCAUCGUAACCUUGUCAAACUUUUGGGCUAUUGUGUUGAAGGAGAAGAAAAAUUAUUACUUUAUGAAUACAUGCCCAACAAAAGUUUGGACUUAAUCAUAUUUGAUCGAACACUAUGCCUGUUGUUGAAUUGGGAGUUACGCUUUGACAUCAUAUUGGGAAUCGCUAGAGGUCUUCUUUAUCUCCACCAUGAUUCAAGAUUAAGGAUUAUUCAUAGAGAUUUGAAAACAAGUAAUGUUCUAUUAGAUGAAGAAAUGAAUCCCAAAAUUUCUGACUUUGGCUUGGCUAGGAUAUUUGGAGGCAAACAAACUGAAGCAAGCACAAGAAGAGUAGUAGGAACAUAUGGAUAUAUGUCUCCAGAAUAUGCAUUAGAUGGGCUUUUCUCAAUUAAAUCCGACGUUUUCAGUUUUGGUGUUAUGCUUUUAGAAAUUGUAAGUGGUAAGAGAAACACGGGAUUUUACCAAUCUGAACAAGCCUUGAGCCUUCUGGGAUAUGCAUGGAAAUUGUGGAGAGAUAACAAAGCAUUGGAUCUAAUGGAUGCAACGUUAAGUGAGAGUUGCAACACAAAUGAAUUCAUGAGAUGUGUUAAUCUGGGGCUGUUGUGUGUGCAAGACGACCCAAGUGAUCGUCCCACCAUGCCAAACGUGGUGUUCAUGCUUGGGAAUGAAACAGCAAGCCUAUCAAAUCCUAAGCAACCAGCCUUCGUUGCAUGGAGAUCUGUUUCUACCUCUGCCUCUCCUAAUAAACCAUUAUCAGUUAAUGAGUUAACAACUAGCUUAGAGCAAGGACGAUAAGUGUAAGUUCUUCUUAUUAUCCAAGUUGCUUUCUGUGAAACAAUUCAUAUCACACAAUCAACAUGAUAACAAUUUCUCCUCUUUUUUAUUUAUAUUUUUAAUUUUUGUCAUCCUCAAAUUUAUUUACACUGCAUAUGUUUUGGAAAUGAAGAGUGCUUUCAAAUUUUUACGAA